AUGGAUUGCAACAAAGAAGAGGCUGCACGCGCGAAAUCAAUCUCCGAGUCGAAGCUAGAGCAGAGGGACUUUGUAGGUGCCCUGAAAUUCGCGCAGAAAGCCCAAAGCCUCGACCCGAGCCUCCACGGCAUCUCUCAGAUGCUAACCACCCUCGACGUGCUCGUCUCCAGCGAGCGUACCAUCAACGGCGAGGUCGACUGGUACUCUAUCCUCCGAGUGGACCCCACAGCCGACGAAAACGACAUCAAGAGGCAGUACAAGCGCCUGGCCCUCGUCCUCCACCCGGACAAGAACCCUUCCGCCUGUGCCGCCGACGCCUUCAAGCUCGUCUCCGAGGCCAAGAACCUGCUCCUCGACGCGGAACGCAGGUGGGCCCACGACCUCAUCACCAGCCGUGGGCCCCCCAACGAGCCUCCUCCGGAGCCCGAGAGGAAUUUUGGCCGGCCCACAUCCUCCGAGACGGCUGCACCGCCCCCACCGGAGGAGGAUGUGUUCUGGACCUUCUGCCACCACUGCGGGUUGCAGUUCGAGUACCUAAAGAUAUUCCAUUGCACGAUGCUCGUGUGCGUCAACUGUCACGGGACGUUCAUGUCAUUCGAGAUCCAGCGGUCGAGGUCGCACACGCCACGUCCCUGGGAGGGCGGGGGCUUCCCGGCUGCGUGCCACACGGGCGUCUACUCUUUUGCUUACGCCAUGUAUCGACGACGGGGCCCGCUUUUCGGGACCAACGGGAAUUAG